AUGUCUGGGAAAGAAUUUAUAGAUUCACAGAAGAUCAUAUAUGAGCUGAAACCCACUAGCCAUAGAUAUAUAAGUGAGUUACCAUUAGGGGCAAAAGAGGCACGACAGUUAAAUGAUGUUGAGUUGAAGAAGGUAAAUGGUAUUCCAUUUAUCAGGCUCUUAGGGGGUAAAGAGCCGUUGAAUAAUGUCCGCAUUAGGUAUGAACUGUACCAGAAGAAUUGGAAAAGACAGAUGGAUGCAAUCAACGCCGUCCUAUUAAAAACAGAUAGGUUUAAGUUCAGAAAUUUGAGGAAAUUUUUAGAAUCUGAAGUUCAUGCAACCAACGACGCCCGGCUAACUACUGCCUUAUUAAACUUGGGGUCAAACAUAUCAAAUCAUGACCGUCUAUUGAAUAGCGUGUGUAGAUAUCUUAGAGAGGACAGUAAAGUCUGUUUAGUGAAAAUUAAUCCAAAUGUUGAUUUCAAUAUUCAACGAAUCAUAAAGAGGAUUGAAGACACAAUUGCCUAUAAAUUACAUGAGAGCAGCAGGAAAAGAAGCAAAAAUUCAAAGGGUGCCAAUAAGAGGAAAAUAGUUGAUAUAGAGUUGGAAGAUCAAAAAGAAGAGGAAGAUGAUAAAAUUGAAUAUACAGAAAUCAAAGACGAUGAUGACACCAACAGUGAAUCAGAGACCGAAUUCGCCGAAAUUGAUGAAGAAAAACUAAUCAAUGAUUUUGACCUAAUCCCAAGGAAGAGUGCAAGGAGUAAGUUCGAGGACAUUGAGGACCUUUUAGAAGUUUGUCACAAUAGAGGUAUCAAGUUAAUGGUUCUGAUUCAAAAUGCUGAUGCAAUGAGUUCGAUUAUAAUGGCCCAAACGUUAAGCAUAUUAUGUCGAUUCAAAACUAUUACUGACACAACAUGUGUUAUUGGGAUCUCUACACCAUUUAUAAUUUUUCAAGAGAAAAUUUCCAAAGUGAUGCUUGGUAAACUAAGGACACAUAGUUUUGCGGUUGACAAUUCCAAUGAGGCAAUUAAUCAAAUCAUGGAAGAUUUAUUAUUAAAUAUCAAUGAAACCUAUAAUUCAUUGAUUUUUGAGCCUAAAUUAAUAUUGAAAUUCUUGAACCGGCGUGAUGUAAUGAGUAUUCAGCAAUUUACCAAUUAUAUGAAAAUGAUAUAUAUGAGACACUAUUACAGUCAGCCAUUAUCUGUUUUCUGGACUAAUGAUUUCAGUAAGAUCGAUCUAAAGAAGAUAUACUUUGAGAUCUUCAAGACUUUGCCAUCUGUUAUUGAGAAUAGUGGAGAACUGGACAGGAAAUAUCUAUUAGGUAUAGCUGAAAAUAAUGUUGAAGUUAUAGGCAACUUGCUACGGAAACAUUUGAACAAGUUGAUAAACUGGAGGUAUAAUUUUCGGAAUAUAAUUGAUUUUCUAAACUUUGCUCAAGCCUCGAUGUUGGAGACAAAGAUCUGGAAUAACAACCUUGAGCUAUUUCAAUUAUUGUUUGAGAAAUAUUAUGAGCUAAGAGACUCCGAGGAUAAUUGGAAUCAGUAUGGGGAUUAUGAGGAGCUUCUAGAGGAUGAAAAUGAGGGGCUGACAAACAAUGAAAGCCCUCAAAAGAGUGGCAGGCGGAAAAAACGUGAAAACAGAUUAAAUGCCAAGAUUUCUCCCUCUGUUUUACUCGCAUUUUUGAAUCCACUAUGGGAGUCAAUUGAAAAGGAGGGGAAUGAAGGCAAGGUAAGUAGUUUCCACGAACAGCUAUGUAAUGACCAUCAAUUUGAUUUUAUCAAGAGGCAUAAAGCUUUCCCGGCUAAGCUAUCGUUUAAAGUUGGAGAAGUGAAGAGACUAGUAGAAGGUGUCAAAUCCGCAUUGAGGGAUCAUGUUUGUGAGUUGGAUUUAGAUUACCAAUCGUUCAGGGAAAUUUGUGUUGUCAAGGACGACAUGAUAGAAAAGAUACACGAUGCAUUUGAACCAACUAUCCGAGAAAACUGUCUACGUAACCUCGAUGAUUGUGGAGAGAUACUGUUCAAUGCCAGCCAUUGGGACAUGAGAGACGAAGGAAUGAACGAAGACCAGCUGCAAAUGAAGAGAUUAGACGUUGAGAUGUUCCACAUUGUCGAGCCUAUAUUGUGCGAGAUGUAUAGGAUUUUCAAAGAGACUGGUGUGAGUUCUAACAUUUACGAUUUCUACCAAGUAUUUAAGAAUAGUAUAAUCCGGAGGAAGGAAAUGAUUUCGAUUAUGAAGGAGAAGUUAGCCAAAUACGAGGGGAAGUUUGACGAUGAGGAGUAUGAGAAAAUGCUCAGGGUUAUGGAUACACUUGAGGUGGAGGCUGAACUUGGUGUUGAUGAGGAAUGGGAUAAGGUAACGUUGGCGUGGUUUUUGAAGAGUCUUUCUGAAUUCCAAAUGUUGGGUUUAUUAAGAGAAGGCAACAGUAAAAGCCAAACGAUUGAGAAAGUUAUUUGGAGAGGAAUAUAG